AUGGACUUCAAUAAGUCGAGGGCAAGCGGGCAUUUCGCAGCUGUCCUAGAAUGGGGGAUAGCAAAUUCCUCAAAAACUGCGUUAGAGAUUUACAAAUACGGCUCCAUCUUCGACGCAUCCUACAACUGCAGUUCAGUCAGCUUCAAUCCUGCAUAUCCCAUGGCGAUGCCCUUUUUGCAGUGUGUUUGCAGCCCGGGCUUCUCUGGUGACCCCUAUAUAAAAGAUGGAUGCACAGAUAGCAAAUAUAUAAGUCCGGCCUACUCCCCCAAACCCGACCUUCCUGCAAAAAGUCCGACCUCCUCCGCCAAACCCGACCUUCCUGCAAAAAGUCGGACCUCCUCCGCCAAACCUGACCUUCCUGCAAAAAGUCCGACCCCCUCCGCCAUACCUGACCUUGCUCCAAAUGGAACGAAGAAAAGUGGAACAAAGAAAAGUGCGUUUCUCGUCAAAGGGAUAUCAGUUGCACACUGUAGAUGUUUAUUCCUGACAAGCAGGGUAUUUUUUUUCUCACUUUUGCCCUUGAGUUUUGGCAAUGUAGUGGGCGGGGCUGCCGGGGCAGGCGUUGGGGCACUACUCUUGUGUCUUUUCUCAUGGAGUUUGUACAAAUACAUCAAGAAGAGAAAAGAAACGAAGCUUAAAGAGAAGUACUCCAAAUGCAAUGGUGGUCUUUUGUUGGAAAGAGAGCUUUCGACACCAGAAGGCAAUGUUGAGAAAAGCAAAUUGUUCAACUUCAAGGAUUUAGAGAAGGCCACUGAUAAUUUCGAUAACAGUAGGAUACUUGGGCAAGGUGGACAGGGUACUGUUUACAAAGGAAUAUUAAUAGAUGGAAAAAUAGUUGCAAUUAAAAAAUCAAUGGCCAUAGACAAGAGAAAAAUUGAACAGUUCAUAAAUGAAGUCCUCAUUCUCUCACAAAUCAACCACAGAAAUGUGGUUAAGUUAUUGGGGUGUUGCUUGGAAACAGAAGUUCCGCUUUUGGUAUAUGAGUUUAUACCAAAUGGGACUCUAUACCAAUAUUUACAUGACCCAAAUGCAGAGUCGCCUAUAUCAUGGGACACACGCCUACGAAUUGCAACUGAAAUCGCAGGAGCCUUAUUCUACUUGCAUUCAGCAGCCUCUAUUCCCAUUUAUCAUCGAGACAUCAAGUCCACCAAUAUCCUCUUGGAUGAGAAGUAUCAGGCAAAAGUGGCAGAUUUUGGUACUUCCAAGUCUAUUUCCCUCGAUCAAACUCAUGUAACCACAUUAGUGCAGGGAACUUUCGGCUACCUAGAUCCUGAGUAUUUCCGAUCAAGCCAAUUUACAGACAAAAGCGAUGUGUACAGCUUCGGAGUCGUCCUUGUUGAACUCUUAACAGGACAAAAGCCAAUCUCAUCCCAGAGGGAAGAAGAAGGAAGAAGUCUUGCGAUGUAUUUCAUAAUUUCGGUGGAAGAGAAUCGCUUGUUUGACAUCGUCCAUGCUCAUGUGUUGAAAGAAGGUAAGAUGGGAGAGAUUGCGUCGGUUGCUAACCUUGCAAAGAGGUGCUUAGACUUGAACGGGAGGAACCGGCCUACAAUGAAAGAAGUGGCAAUGGAGUUGGAGGGAAUAAGGAAGACUCAAUAUCCUUCCGACAUUCAGCAAAAUCAAGAGAACUGUGAGACAACCGAAUCUCCUGAUGCUGUCUUUACGUCUAGCAACUCAAGCAAUGACACGAAUGUCUCUACAUUUUCGGGUGUGCAGACACUCUUACCUAGUGAGACCUAGUGAAGAUUUGUCUCGCCUCUUGCUCUUAUGGAGCCAUAUUGCUCUGUUUGUCCUAUAAAGCGGCCUUCAUAGGAAAAAGCAGAAAAGAAAGUGGGGAUGAAGACUUGUUCAUUCACCAACAGGAGGACUUUGGUCAGUUAUUUGUGGGUAACGUACUUUUUCUCGG